ACCCAGAGAGGAACCAGUAGAACAGAUGGAUUGGAUUUUCUGCUUCAGAUUUCCGACCCCAGCGCGGAUAGGAGGUUCCUCUGGGUUCUUACAGGGCUGCGAUUAGAUUAGAUGAGAGUAGAUUAGAUUGAGGUGAUCAGAUAUGGGUUCUCAGAGCCUGCAGAUCCUCAGACAGGGGGUCUGGGCUUCCAUCACGGGCGGUUGGUACUACGACCCUCAUCAGAACACGUUUGUCAACGCGUUGCAUCUUUACUUAUGGCUCUUUCUACUCUGCUUCCCUUUUACUCUCUACAUGGCUCUGCCCCCCACCAUGCUGAUAGUAGGGGUGUACUGUGGGGUGAUUGGUGGGGUGUUUGCGCUGCUGAAGGUGGUGAACUAUCGGCUCCACACGGCACUGGAUGAAGGAGAAGUGAUCGAAAAAGAACAAAAAGGAGAUGCUACGCACUCACAACCUGAUGAUUCCAGCGGAUCUGGGGAUCCUGGAGGAGGAAUUGAGCUGGCUGAUUUUGGGCGAGAGGAAACUCCACCAGUUGACUGCAGUUCACGUAACUCCUACACUGGCAUCGACUCCAACCAUCAGAUUGUGUCCUCUCGUGGAGGUCCAGCUGCAGCCAAAGGUGAUGUAGCAAAGACCUCAGAUGAUCUCAGUUUGAGUUUAGCUCCGAGCUGCAGUCAGGAACAAGAUCUGGCGUUGGAGCCCAAAAUUUAUGGCCUUAUCUCCAAUGACUCUUUCGCUUCAAUGCAGCCUUCCACCUCCCUUUACAGCUCCACCCGUCACCCUUUUAGCCAAUCGCUGUCCUCUUGUGAGACAGAAAUCCCCGCCCACUCUCAGUCCUUCAGGAAAGAGUCGUCUCGUCCACGUGGCCUCCCCCGAACCUCAAGUUCAGCCUUUACAGAUCCUUCUGUCCCUGACUUUGGUCUGUACCCGCCUUCUCGCCGUAGUGGACUCGACCCAGUGUGUGAACUGGACAUGUCCAGACCGCAGGGGGCGCUAGACAAUGGGGACCGACAAGAACCAGCUGUUCCAUCUACAUCGGGUAUGGACUGCUGCAAGCGUCAUAAAGGAGAACAGCGCAAAUUAGCGCGGUCCGUUUCCCACGAAACUGGGGAGGAAUGUGAGGGUGAAUCUGGACUGUACCAAGUGGAGGUUUUUCGUGGGGGGAUUUCUGGUGGAAGCCGGCGUAAAAGGAGAGGAGAAAAAAGUGUGGAAAGUUUGCGCAGUCUGAGUACACGCAGUAGCGGAUCCACAGAGAGCUACUGUAGCGGGACGGACCGCGAUACGAAUAGCACACUGAGUAGUCUGCAUAGUGAGCAGACUAGCUCCACCCACGUCGAGAGUCUAAUAUCUUUAUCUAUGGACGAGGGUGGGGCAACAGAACCUAGCAUAGCCUCAGGAGAGGGCAAUAAAAACCCUCAUGCUAACGAAAUUAGCCCCAAAGCAUCCAAUACUAAUGACUCGGUUCCUAAAAUUACAUCACAAACCACCAGCAAUGAAGGGGAGGGGCCUGUAAAGGAAGAGGGAGGGGCUAGGACUAACACAGAUGCUUCCACAGAUCCUGUAUAUUUAAGUAAAGAUACAGAGCAAGAUGAUGCAAAACCCAGCUCAGUUAGUCAUCCCGAUGCUAGCCAUAGUGCCCGUCGGCGCACUGCUAAAAAACGUGCUAGCAGUUUUGAUGCUGCUCGUUACCAUGACUACACAUGCCUUCGUGGCGUGACGAAACCUCGCUCAACGGUUUUUGCCAAAAACGAAGAGGACUCGAGCGACCAGAGCGAGCUCAGCCACACCUCGAGUUUUAACUUAGCCCACCGGGUAGAGCCAAGCCACGCCCCCAGCACGUCCCACUCCAAACCCCACAGCGAGAGGAGAGAAAAGGAAAAAGACAGAGACAAGGGAAAAAAACGUGCGUCACGUCGCGCAGCUAGCACAGGUAGUGCUAAACUUCAGAUCCGUAAAAGCAGUAACACUUCUCACCACCUGGGGGCGCCAGUCGACCCCCGACCCCUCAGCACAUCCAAAUCUGAUCUGGAGGCCAAAGAAGGUGAAGUCCUGGACGCGGCGUCACUACUGGGACGAGCGACUCAGCUCGAAUGUGUUACUCGCUCCCGAAACAGCUUGCCCUGCCCAAUCAGCAUCGGUGAUGCUCAUGAUACUGCCAGAGCGGUGAUUAACGAGGACGCUGUAACGUUCAGGCGUGAGCGCAGCACGUUUCGGCGCCAGGCUGUCCGGAGACGCCACAAUGCCGGGAGUAGCACGACCUCCAUCAUCGCAUCACCUCUCAGUCUGCAGGAGGCCCUCAGUCAGGUGUCCCAGGCCUCCUCAGGGUCUCAGGUGAAAGGACAGAUGAGCACUAGCGCCUCCCUGCUGGUCAGGAAUGGCAGUGCUCAUCUGGAGGGUUUACAGGAUAAAGCCUCCACUGUCGGCCUGCAUGAAGAUUUCGGUAAAAUCACUCCGUCUCUGUACGAGGUUGGAGGAUGUGACGUGUCCUUCGUUAACUUUGAACCAGCAACCAGACGAGCAUCAAACAAUCUGUGGGAUACAGAUUCUCACCUCUCCAGCUCUACCUCAGUUCGCUUCUACCCUCAUGACCUGAUCCGUCUGAAUCGUUUGUUAUCAAUGGACACGGAGCUGCUGGAGCAGGACGCUGAUGUGAGUCCCGACCUGCAGGAGGCACCGCACAGCUCGCACGACUCGACAAACUCAAACACACACGCUAACCCACACAAACCCAAACAGUACUACCGCUUCUCUCUGCUGCCAUACCUGUGGGUCGGUCUGCGUUUCGACAGACUCACCCUGCUGGCACUGUUUGACAGGAAUCGGGAGGUCCUAGAAAAUGUCCUGGCUGUGGUGCUGGCAGUGUUGGUGGCGUUUCUGGGUUCGGUUCUGCUCAUCCACGGCUUCUUCACAGACAUCUGGGUCUUUCAGUUCUGCCUCGUCAUUGCUAGCUGCCAGUACUCACUUUUAAAGAGCGUUCAGCCCGACUCAUCCUCACCUCGACAUGGUCAUAAUCGGAUCAUAGCAUACAGCAGGCCGGUGUAUUUCUGUCUGUGCUGUGUGUUGAUCUGUGCGUUUCACUACAGCAGCAUCAGAUCAACAUCACAAACCACACUGUAUGGAGUCAGACUGACAUCAUCACGGCUGCUCAGCUCCACUCGAGACCUCGUCAUUGUCUUCACCCUCUGCUUCCCGGUGAUAUUUUUUGUCGGAUUGCUGCCUCAGGUCAACACCUUCCUCAUGUACCUAUCUGAGCAAAUAGACAUCCACAUGUUUGGAGGAAAUGCAUGUACCAGUCUUCCCUCGGCUUUAUACAGCAUUCUCCGCAGUGUUGUGACGGUAACAUUGCUGUUUGGACUUUGCUACGGAGCAUUGCAGGAGCAGUGGGAUCCUCAGCACAUCCCUGUGUUGUUCUCAGUGUUCUGUGGUUUGCUGGUUGCUGUUUCCUACCAUCUGAGCCGCCAGAGCAGCGACCCCACCGUCCUCAUAUCUUUGGUUCAGGCAAAGGUUUUUCCCACUGUGGUGAAGGAACAAAAUCCAGAAGAUCCACUGGCCGAGAUACAGGACCCUCUACCAGAGAAACUCAGGAACUCUGUGAAUGAAAGGUUGCAGUCAGAUCUGAUCAUGUGUGUGUUGAUCGCUGUUCUCUACUUCGCUAUUCACGUCAGUACCGUCUUCCUCGCCCUACAGCCGUAUUUAAGUUUUGUGUUGUAUGGGCUGGUGGGGGCAGUUGGGCUCUUCACUCAUUAUCUUUUACCCCAGAUGAGGAAACAGCUGCCCUGGUACUGUUUCUCUCAUCCACUGCUCAAAACAAAGGAGUAUUACCAGUUUGAGGUGCACGGUGCGGCUCAUGUGAUGUGGUUCGAGUGGCUGCAUUUGUGGCUGCUCUUUGUGGAGAAGAACGUUCUUUAUCCCCUCGUCAUUUUAAAUGAACUCAGCAGAAGUGCCCAGGAGAUCGCCGGCCCAAAAAAACUCAACACUGAGAUAGGAGCUUUGAUCUUGACCGUAGCGGGGUUGAAGUUGCUGCGUUCAUGCUUCAGCAAUCCUGCAUAUCAGUUUGUCACGGUUCUCUUCAGCAUUCUGUUCUUCACCUUCGACUAUAAGUAUCUCUCCGAGACUCCACUGCUCAACCUCUUCAUCAUGUCCAUCAUCUUCAGCAAGCUGUGGGAAUUGCUGAACAAGCUACGCUUUGUUUACACCUACAUCGCUCCGUGGCAGAUCACCUGGGGUUCAGCCUUCCACGCCUUCGCUCAGCCCUUUGCUGUUCCUCAUUCAGCCAUGCUAUUUGUGCAGGCGAUCGUGUCGGCUGUGUUCUCCACACCUCUCAACCCGUUUCUGGGCAGCGCCAUCUUCAUCACAUCCUACAUCCGACCAGUGAAAUUCUGGGAGAAAGACUAUAAUACAAAGCGAGUAGAUCACUCCAACACCAGACUGGCCUCUCAGCUGGACAGGAAUCCCGGUUCUGAUGAUAAUAAUCUGAACUCGAUCUUCUACGAGCACCUGACCCGGUCUCUACAGCACUCUUUAUGUGGUGAUCUGUUACUGGGGCGUUGGGGAACCUUCGCCACUGGAGACUGUUUCAUCAUGGCAUCCGAUUACCUCAAUGCCCUUGUCCACCUUAUUGAGAUCGGAAAUGGCCUCGUUACCUUUCAGCUCCGCGGCCUUGAGUUCAGAGGAACUUACUGCCAGCAGAGGGAGGUGGAGGCUAUAACAGAGGGGGUGGAGGAGGACGAGGGCUGCUGCUGCUGUGAUAUUGGUCAUCUUCCUCACCUGCUUUCAUUUAAUGCUGCGUUUGUUCAGCGCUGGCUUGCUUGGGAGGUUCUGCUAUCCAAAUACACACUGCAGAGCUACAGCAUCACUGAAAACAGCGCCGGUGCCAUGCUACAGGUCUACGAACUACGUCAGAUCCUCACCACCUACUACGUCAAGGGAAUCAUUUAUUAUGUGGCCGCAUCCCCAAAGUUGGAAGAUUGGCUCUCUAAUGAAGCCAUGAUGGAGGGAUUAAAGAACUGCAGUGAGAGGAACUAUGUGGACUUGGACCCGACCUUUAACCCCAACAUCGACGAGGAUUAUGAUCACAGACUGGCUGGAAUCUCCAGAGAGAGUUUCUGCUCGGUUUACCUAAACUGGAUCCAGUACUGUAACACACAAAGAUACAAGCCAUUGGACAGUGAGAAGGACUCUGCAUUGGUGCUGCUGUGUUUUGGAUUGUGUGUUUUGGGGAGAAGAGCGCUCGGCACGGCAGCACAUCACAUGUCCAGUAAUUUGGAGUCCUUCCUGUAUGGGCUGCAUGCUCUGUUUAAAGGAGAUUUCCGGAUCUCCUCGGUUCGAGAUGAGUGGAUCUUUGCUGAUAUGGAGUUGUUGAGGAGGGUGGUGGUACCUGGGAUCCGCAUGUCCCUCAAACUCCACCAGGAUCACUUCACGUCUCCGGAUGAGUAUGACGACCCAUCUGUACUGUACGAGGCGAUCUCAUCUCAUGAGCAGACGCUUGUUAUCUCUCACGAGGGCGACCCAGCAUGGCGCAGUGCCGUGCUCUCCAACGCUCCUUCACUCUUGUCACUCCGUCACGUACUGAAUGAGGGAACUAAUGAGUACAAGAUCAUCACGCUUAACCGCAGAUACCUCAGCUUCAGGGUCAUCAAGGUAAACCAAGAGUGUGUACGCGGCUUGUGGGCGGGGCAGCAGCAGGAGCUGGUGUUCUUGCGGAACAGGAACCCGGAGCGUGGUAGCAUUCAGAACGCCAAGCAGGCGCUGCGCAACAUGAUCAACUCGUCUUGUGACCAACCAAUUGGAUAUCCCAUCUAUGUCUCGCCGCUCACCACAUCCUACUGCAACACGCACACACAGAUCAAACACACAAUGGGCGGAGCCAUCAGCAUCGCCAGCAUCCGUCACUUCAUUAUCAACACCUGGCACAGGUUGCGCAAGGGCUGUGGCGCAGGGUGCAACAGUGGUGGCAACAUUGAGGAGUGUGACCCCGGGAAUUCAGGCAACACAAGCGACACCCAAAUCAGACUGACUGGCCUUCAACACACACACACUCCUCUUUCAUUGGGAACCAGUCAGAGUUCUCAGUCAGUACGUUCCUCUCUGGUGCGACACUCUCCCACUCGCUUGUCUGUGGCGAGUCAGUCUUCGUCGUUCCGCUUUAACGGUAACAGUGAGCCAACAUCAUGCAAGCGGCACACACACUCUCUCACGCACACACACACACUUGCCGGCCUGCUCGAGCAUCAGCAGCAGCCCAGGAGAGAGGAUAUCUCCUACAGAGUACAGAUUGUAGAUGUGAAUCAGGUGUUGGAUGUGAUUAAUCUGUCAAAGCGGAAGGAGCUGUUAUGGCCUGAUGAGUCGAUGAGGUUGAGGGCGGGGCGGAGCUGCUGGAGGGACUGGAGCCCUCUAGAGGGCAUGGAGGGACAUGUGAUUCACCGGUGGGUGCCUUGCAGUCGGGAUCCUCUCAUUCGCUCUCACAUUGAUAAAUCCAUCCUGCUGGUUCAGGUGGACGAUAAACUGAUUCCCAUUAUAGAAACUGGAGUAAUGGAACUGGGAGCGGAGGUGUAAACACACACAUACACAUACACACACACACACACACACAGUCUUGCCUUGCUGUGUUCCGCUGCAUGAGAAAUCGGACCUGAUACAGAUAUUUCUGUUUUAUUUCUGACCAAUGUUUAUGCUUUUGGAUCAAACUUUAUAUGAAACCUGUAUGCUUGUUAUAAAUAAUUAUAGUUUAGCCUAAUAUAAUAUAAUUAUUUAUUAUUUACUAGCAUUGGUUUAUGAGCAUUUUAUAAACUCCAAUAAUAACUUAUUCUUUGCCUGAUCAAAAGUGCGCAGAAUUUUCCCACAAGCCAGCAGCCGUUCUCUUCAACAUUUAGCAUCUGGGGAAAGUCGAGCACAGCAACAUUAACAGUUUUUUUUAAUCAAAAUCCCACAAGCUACAUGAGAUUUAAUCACUCUGUUGAUCUGAUAACCUUCUUCCCCUUUUCCAAGCAGCUGCAGGAUUUACCAGUUAUUUUACUUGGUAUCAGUUCCUUUUUACGCUGUAGAUUCUGACUGUCGGGGGGAAUUAUUUGUAGUUUUUCUAUUACAAAGUUGGUAAUUUUCAUCCCCUAGCAAGUAAAGUGUAUGUUUAAUAAAUGUUUAUAUAAGCAUAAUUGUAAUGUUCAUAUCAUUUUAUAUAGAAGUGCAGUAAUAAGCAGAUAUUUAAUAUGGUAAUUAUCUCCAGACAUUUUGUAUGACUAGUGUAGUAACAUUAGGUCAUGCCCCUUGUUACCUUCAUAACAGCAUUAACACUGUUAGGUUAUGUUUCCUCAUUUACUUCCUUUCCAUUUUAGCCACUUUUCCACUGACACUAACUCAGCAGAGUUUGUGCAGCCCAAUUUUUGUUCCAAAUAUUCCUAAAUGCUUUUGAUAGGAUUAAGGUUUGGUAAGUGUGGUAUUGUUACUCCUAUUGUUAUGAAACUCCUGUUUCAUCAAGAACUAGAUUUGGACCUAUGUACCUACGUUUGGCAUCUUGGAUUAAUUUUGCUUUGCUUUCAGAAAUUUAGCAAUGCCCAAGCUGCUGGCACAGCCUCUGAAUUCUCCAUGAGGCUUUUGGUGGUACUGAAUCACACUUAAAUCUAAUGCCAUGUAAAUCGCUCUUUCCAGUCCAGUGAUGAAGAACCCACUAUAAGGAUCUUCCAGGCAGUGAAUUAACAGAUUAGUAUAUAAAGUAUCCAGCUUAGUGUAUAAAGUUUCUAUCCAGAAAAUCAAUUCAUUUUAGUUCAUAAUAUUGCUUUAAAAUGCUUACAAAUCAGUGUUAUGGUAAUUAGGAAUCAUAUUAAAUAAAGGCUUCAUAUAUUGUUUCACCACAUUUUGCUUUAUUUUUGUUUUUUAUGCAUAAUGGAAAAACAUUUAUAGUUUCAUAUAAACAAAUAUGUACUUGUUCAGAAUUUUAUUGGUUUACAACAAUGCUUUAAUGCAAGAUUUAAUAUUGGUUUGAUAUUUUCCCGAACAAAUGGAGCAUUGGGAUGCUCAAAGCUUCCUCAUACAGAUUAUAUUCCAAUUAUUACAUUACAUAUAAAAUAAUAUAAUAUAUACAGAUUUGAAUAGUAGUUUAUUAAUAUUAAUUAUUUAGUUGCUUGACUGGCAGUGCUUUAUAAUUUUUUUGUUAUUAUUUCAUGAUUCUGUUUAAAAGAGAGGAUUAGAAGAGGAUUGAUUGCUAGUUGCACUGUUAUUUUGUACAAUAUUUUUGAUUUACAGCAAUGCACUACAAUCUGUACAUGAAAUCACUUUUUUAUUUAUUAAAUGCAGUUUUAAUGAUCAUGCCUUGAGAAAAAAUGCAAUCGUGUUUAGGGAUUUCUUUCUUAAACCUGAAGGCAGGAAUGGUUUUUACUGAAUAUAGAUAGUUGUAUAUGAAAGUUUAUUAUUAUGAUGGCGAUUAUUAUUGUAUGUGGAUGUAUAAAAGGGAUUUGCUCUGAAUAUUUAUUACUGUGCUUCUUUACAUUUUGUUACAUAUUUUUCAUUUAUGGUACAAAAAUCAAAGUUAUAUAAAAAUUGUAUAAAGGACCAUCGGUUUAAACAGAGCCGAGCUGAAGGACUGUUUUCUGUUUAAUCCUUUUUAUAAAAUGGUAAUAAACGAAUUUGCUUUAA